GCGUCAUUGUGAUUCUCGUUGACUAUGUCAAAGGGACGAUAACGUCUGCUCCUUAAAGUUUACUUCAUUCGAAUUGAACCAUGCCGGAUGCGAGCGCGGACGAUAAUGACGGGUUUCAGACCCAGUUCACACUCAUAAUGGAAACAAUUUUACAAACUGCUGUCAGGGAAGCGACAAAACUUUACGAUGGCACUUUGCAGCGCUUGAAAGCGGAAUUGGUGCAGCUGAGACAAGAGACUGUCAACACGAAGACAGGUGAUACAUCCAGUCAGAACACAAAGAGAUUCUCCGAAGCUGGGAGUGAGAGAACUGGAAAUGUCUGUAAAUAUCGUGAUGUUGGCGUGCAAUGUGACAUGCCCGUUUUGGUUGACCGGGGAUGUAGCCCCCAUCAGUUUAUAGGACAACGUCUUAAUCUGGGAGACAUUACGAGUGAUAAACUAACAGAUCUUUGUGCCACUGAGGAUGGGAACAGACAGCUUGCGUUGCUCCUCAUCAAACAAGAGCCUCAAGAGACUGAGUGCAACAGCUAUGCACCAGGAUACUUUCUACUAAAGCAAGAGGGUGCUGAGCCGAUACUGGUGCGCAGGGAGCCGAAUAAGGACACAGUGGAACGGGUUGUGAUCCCACCAGCAUUACAAACAAUAACCAGAAACCAAAGCCACCAUAAUGGGAAGUCACCACCACCAGUGACUCCUUCUUCCUCUUGUAGUCGCAGAGUGGACUCCGGUGGUCAAAAACCCAGUCAGACUAUACGACCCAUCCAAGGUGCAUCUAAAAGAACAUUGGAAAAUACUGAAGGCUUGUCUUCCCAAAACAAAAGACAAAAUGCCAGUGCACCAACACAGACAUCCUCUUCUUCAGUACUUCCCAGUUCAACCCAGAUUCCUGCUUCCACUGUUAAUUCAUCUGUACCAAUGAUUGAGCUGUCUGGCGCUCCAACGAUACCUCAAACCAAGCCACCGUCAUUAGUUCACCAUCGGCCAAAUCCUCAAACAUCAAACCAGACAGUAGUCUCUCAGAAAGAGGGCUCAAAUAUUUGUCAGAACACCUACCUAACUCCCAUUCCCCAAAGCCAAGUCUUACUAACAGAGCCUCAUACCUCUAAACAACGGGCUCAAGCAUUGGUUUCACAUGCUGAGAAAAUUCCAACCAUUGCUUUGCUAAACCAAGCCACUGAGCCAUUAACCCAAUGUUCAUCUCAACUUACACAACCGUCAUUCUUUCCACCACAAGCCACCAUCAAAACACCAACUCAAGAGGUGGUGUCACAAAUACACACUGGUGUGCCGUCAGUACACGUUCCUGUCGUAGCAGCUCCAAAUACAUUUCCACCAGUCCAGGAUCGGGUUCUCCCACCUAGUCUUAUUCCUCCUCAAUCCCAGGUUUUUACAUCUCCACAGGUAAUGCCGGCACAUUCUGCGACUUCAAGUCCAUCAUUCCAGUUCCCUUUGGUUCUGCCACAUAAUCCUGCUCAGGCAACGCCACCUUCUUAUCUUCCGACACACGUUCCGUAUACUUCUCAUCUUCCAGUUAACGGAAUUCAGGGAUCCGUUUCCCUAAACCCAUCUCAACCUCAGCCUCCACUUAUGCAAUCUCAGUAUCCACCACAAUCUGAUCAGUUCUCCUCUUCUCCAGACCAGUACUUUCCUCCAGCUGAUAAUACGCCAGGUUUGCUUGAAUCUCUUGAUACUUUGCAUUUGCAUUCGCCCAUUGUGAUAACGCCACAAGAUGCCUCGGAGCAGGCACACAUGCACCAUUUUCAGCCAUCGGGGCAGUUUGCGCCUCUGCUGACGCUGAAGGAGCAACAAGCUGCCGCUUCAGCCAACAUUGUUUUAGGCCGGGUACCCGUUCCUUCUUUAGAAACACCUGCGUCUCCUGUUCACAACUUCGAAGCAGAUGUACCUUUUUCACCACCUCACCCAGAAGGAAAUGAUAAAGACCUCUCGGAAGAUGACGACACUCCCACACUCCAGUCUAGACUGAGAAAACAAAGAAAGAUUUGCGCCAAAUCCAGACAAAUAGAUCCUGCAGGUGAGGACGGCACACUUAUGGUCAAGGACAAGAGAGCAGAUCAGUUGCACAACGACUUGAUUAGUGAAACACCGCAUUCUGGCGCAAAUAACGGAAAUCAACCAUUACCAAAACCUUCGAGCAAGACGUUGCAGAGAAAUACAGAGUGUCCCGAGUGUGGAAGGGUCCUCAGCAAUGCAUCAGCCUUGGAGAACCACAUGAGACUUCAUACAGGCGAGAGACCUUACACUUGUUCCCAGUGUGGCAAGGCGUUUCCUAGUGUCCGAGGUCUUAACCGGCACGUGAAGGUCCAUGCAGAGGAGAAACGGUAUCAGUGUGAAGAGUGUGGGAAGAGUUUUGUAUACCACUUUACCCUUACUAAACAUCAGCUUAUUCAUUCUGGAGAAAGGCCGUUUCCUUGUAAAGUUUGUGGGAAGAGGUUUUUGGCCAAGGCAGACCGGGCUACCCAUAUGCGAAUGCACACUGGAGAGAAGCCGUUCUCUUGCACUCUCUGUGGGAAGAAGUUUAAACAUAGAGUCGCUCUGAAUAUGCAUAUGCAGGGGCAUAGAGGAGAGAAACGCUAUGUCUGCCCCCACUGUGAAAAGGGAUUUGUGGAUCUAGGCAAUUUUAAAAGACACAAGCUUAUCCACACAGGAGAAAGACCGUUUGAGUGCAAGCAAUGCGGGAAACGCUUUACUCAGUCGGCACAUCUCAAGAAACAUGUCAACACGCAACAUGUUCCUUGAAAAAAUAUAUAUAUUUGGAUUGUUUUAUAUUAAGCAUUUAAGUUGAUGUACUUCAUCUACUGAUUAAUUUUCUGUUACAGAAAAUAUAACAGUAUUAGGUCUGAUUGUAAAUUAAUUUAUGAAGAUGGCAUUUUUAAAACAGAAAAUUAAAAAAAAAGAGUGUUAAGUGCUUCGCUGCAUUAAUUUUGUGCAUGCUCUUUUUCUCGAACCUAGCAAAGCUAUAGAAGCCUGCUUUUCACCACUGAAUAAUAAUAAUAAAAAAGUUAAUUGCAGGUUUUUAUAUCACAAUUCUGACUUUUUUCUCGCAAUACGAACUUGCAAUUCUUAUUUUUUCCUCCGAUUGAUGAGAAACUCGGAAUUGUGAAUUAAAAAGUCCCAUUUUAAAGGCGAAAAAGAUUAUGUUCUUAAAAUUGUGAGAUAUAAACUCACAAUUUUAAGAAAAAAGUUUGAAUUGUGAGUAUCUCGCAACUUUAAAACUUGCAGCUGCAAGUUUGUAUCAUGCAAUUCUGAGAAAAAAGUCAGAAUUGUGAGUUUAUAUUUUGCAAUUAUGACUUUAUUUCUUAAAAUUGUGAGUUUAUAUCACGUAAUACUGACUUUAUAACUCGCAACUGCGAGUUUAUACCACAUAAUUCUGAGAAAAAAGUCAGAAUUGUGAGUUUAAAUUUCACAAUACUGAUUUUAUAACUCAAAGCUGUGAGUUUAUAUCACAAUUCUGAGGGGAAAAAAGAACUGCGAGUUUGUAUCAUGCAGUUCUGAGAAAAAAGUCAAAAUUGUGAGUUUAAAUUUCACAAUACUGAUUUUAUAACUCAAAGCUGUGAGUUUAUAUCACAAUUCUGAGGGGAAAAAAGAACUGCGAGUUUGUAUCAUGCAGUUCUGAGAAAAAAGUCAGAAUUGUUAGUUUAUAUCUCACAAUUUUGAGAAAAAAGUAAGAAUUGUGAGUUUGUAUCAUGCUAUUCUGAGAAAAGAAGUCAAAGAAAAGAAAAUUGUGAGAAAAAAAGUCAGAAUUGUGAGAUAAAAAGUCACAAUUACCUUUUAUUUUUAUUCAGUGAUGGAAACGGGCUACCAUAUAAAGCAAAUAAAAUUGCAUAGUUUUAUGGGUUUGUUGUUUUUUUGUUGUUGUUGUUUUAAAGUAAUUUUUAAAUGUGAAGUAGCCUAAUAAAAUGUGAUUUUUUUAUUAUUUUGUCAGUGUGAAAUUUGUAUACUGCUUGUUUAUUUUUGUGUAUAUUUUUGAUAAUAUUUUUCUAUUGUCCAUCCUUCUAUAAAUAUCAAUAAAACAUUGUAACAUGUUGUAAAAUGAUCUAAUUAAAAAAAAACAACAACAAUCAGUUUGUAUGCUUCACAAUUUAUUUUGAAAUGGUAUUAGGUCUAUUCUAUCCAUUCAUAUGAAUGUAGGCCUACUAAUAUGAUGCAGACAAGAAAGAAAACUUGUGCAAAUCAUAUCGACCACUGGGUGGCGCAGUAUGAUAACAGACUGUCUAACACUCCAUUUAUAAGACUGAAAUAACUGACAUAUAUUGUAUUUUACUGACAAAAAAAUACAUUUUAAUCUUAGGCAACUAUACUAUCACAUACUGAACAAAGCAGCCUGCUUAAAAAAAAAGACUCAAAGCCAUGUUUGGGAA